CAGCUUCUGGAUGAAAAGGAGCUAAUGGCACAGCUGCGCCAGGUCCCUGAGUCAAGGCUGCAGCGGCCCCUGCCCGAGGACCUGGCAGAAGCUCUGGCCAAUGGGGUCAUCUUGUGUCAGCUGGCCAACCAGCUGCGGCCCCGCUCCGUGCCCUUCAUCCAUGUGCCCUCACCUGCUGUGCCAAAACUUAGUGCUCUCAAGUCUCGGAAAAAUGUGGAGAGUUUCUUAGAAGCCUGUCGAAAAAUGGGGAUGCCUGAGGCCGACCUGUGCUCGCCCUCGGAUCUCCUCCAGGGCACUGCCCAGGGGCUGUGGACCACCCUGGAGGCUGUGAAGCGGGUGGGGGGCAGGGCCCCCCGCCCGUCUGGCCCCCUUCUGGUCUGGGCGGCUUCAUCUUCUUCUACGUGGUCCUCAUGCUGCUGCUCUUUGUCAUCUACACUCGGCUCCUGGGUUCCUAGUACCUGAAGUCACCCUUUCUCCCCGCCCCCAUCACCCUAUUUCUAUUUAUGACUCCUGUGCGACCCCGGUCCCUACCAGUGGUGCCUUCAGCCCCUACCAAAGACACUAGUGAGCCCCUUCCCCUCACAAACACUGACCUCAGAGGCCCCACUCUGGUGUACCCAGACCCUGGGCCCCCAGCCUCUGGCCACCCUCCUAUAGCCCCUUCCCUUCCCUCACCUCUCAGUGCUGAUGGUGCCUUUAUCCCUCCAGACCCUGCCCUCUGCUCCCUCAGAGGGUCGAUCUCAACCUUCCUCCUUUUGCCGUCCCUCUCCCACCCCCCCCAUUGUUCUGGGGAGCUAAAUUAUCUAUAUUUUGUAGAGAGAACUCUAUAUUUGUAGGGGAUACAGGGGCCCAGGCUGGGUCCCUGUCUCUGUGUAUAAAUUGUACAGACCG